CUUGCUGCAGUUGCGGUCGCUGUCUCUCGUUUAUAGAUAUUUACCGGGAGAGGGGGCAAAACAAGAGAAACAAGCUACAUUUAUUUAUGUAUCUAUUCGGAAAGAGACAUUCGUAAAUAAGUUGACCUAAAUCACUCGUCGCACCAACUCCACCCCCUGGGAACAACAGAAGAUCCUUCCCACACGCGCGCGCGCACGCACACGCGGCAGGAUGGACACAAACAACAGCGGCAUCGUCAUCAGCAGCAGCGGCGGUGGCAACAGGAGCGGGGGCGUGUUAUUGGAGCCGGCCAGCGCGACCCCAUCCAGGGCCGUCUUUGUCUCCCUGUCGGUGAUCAUGGGAGUGACGACGUUCGCCUCGCUGCUGCUCAACGGCCUCGUGGUGGUGGCCAGCGUGAGGCACAAGGAGCUGAGGCAGCCCCUCAACUCGGCGCUGCUCAGCCUCGCCGCGGCCGACCUCGGGAUGGCGCUGGCCGGGGGGCUGCCCAACACCAUCACCAACGCCGUGGGUGGCCUCGUGAUGGGACGCGGCGGCUGCGUGACAGAGGGUUUCCUCAUGUCGCUCUUUGGCAUAGCGGCACUGGACUCGGUGUGCGUGCUCUCUGUGGAGCGCUACGUGGUGGUGUGCCGUCCCCUGGGCGGCCUUCACUUCACGCCGCGCCACGCAGCCCUCGGCCUCGCUGUCGCCUGGCUCUGGGCCUUCGCCUGGACCGUGCCCCCGCUGCUGGGCUGGGGCCGCUAUGGCCCCGAGGGCGUGGGGACCUCAUGCGCGCCAGACUGGGCCGACGAGUCAGUGUCGGGCCGCGCCUACAUCCUGUCAUUCCUCGUCUUCUGCUUCGCCCUGCAGCUGCUCAUCAUCGUCUUCUGCUACGGUCGCCUCAUGUUGACCCUGCACCAGGCCCCGAAGCUGAGUGGCGGUGCGAGCCAGCGCGCCGAGCGCCAGGUGGGCAUCAUGGUGGUGCUCAUGGUGCUCGCGUUCCUCAUCUCGUGGACCCCUUAUGCAGCCUGCUCCAUCGCCGUGGCCGUCACGCCGGGACUCAAGCUGAGCCCGCUCCUCGCCACGGUGCCACUGUACGCAGCCAAGUCGAGCACCGCCUACAACCCGGUGAUCUACAUCAUCCUGAACCGCAACUUCCGCUCGAUCCUGCGCCAGAUGAUAUGUGGGACAGCGGUGGGGGAGCAACGCCCUGAAUCCGAGGCCGUGACGAGAGUGGAGACGCUGAGGGCCAUGGAGGGGGCGGGCAACCAGGGAGGGAGCACCGACGAGGGUGCCCCCUACGCCACUUCCAGCGCCUAG